UGCAGAGCAUAGGUGGAUUGUGGUACCUUUGGACCGACUGUGUGGUGCAUGCUUUGUGGUGCAGGCUGUAAGCUGUGGUCCAAUGCCAUGGAGAUUCUGGAGGAGAAGGAUGGGGUGGACACAGAGCUGCUGGUGUAUGCCAUGACCCUCAUCAACAAGACUCUAGCAGGCCUGCCUGACCAGGACUCAUUCUAUGACGUGGUGGACUGUUUGGAGGAACAGGGCAUGGAGGCCAUGUCUCAGAGACACCGUAGCAGGAAGGGAACAGACCUGGACCUCAUGGAGCAGUUUAACAUCUACGAGACUGCUCUGCGCCAUGAGGACGGGGACGACGAGAGCCAGCCGCCUACCGUGGGUCGGAAGAACCGGCGGCGUGCCAGCGUGGGGGGCACCAACGACCGGAGAGGCCUGGAGAGGAGACGCAGCCGGAGACACUCCCUCCAGAACGGGAGAGGACUCACCUCAGCCCCCGCUUCUCCCAGCAGCCCUCACUCUCACGGAGGACACAACGGUAGCUUCCUGCCCUUCGGAGGCCAGGGCAUCGACGACGUCAGCGAAAGAGAGGAGGAAGAGGAGGAGGAGGAAGAGGAGGAGGAGGAUGAGGAUGAGGAAGAUGAUGAGAGUCAUGAUAUCACAGAGACCACUAGAAAGGGCUUCCACAGCAGCCAAACAGCUGUAUUGUAUACAUCUAGAGCACCCGUUAGUGCUGGAAGCCGACACAUAGGCCACGUCAUGGCGCUCCCUGGCAGGUCCCAGGGUGUAGCCAGCGCCAGCGCCCCCACCACCCCUGUACACCGCUCCCAGGGUGUUGCCAGCGCCCCCACCACCCCUGUACACCGCACCUUUGCCACCUCAGGGGCACCACAGCUGGACUCCAAGUCUGACAGACCUUCUCUGGGGAGCUUGUUGUCCUCCUCCUACAGACAACACCAGGAGUCUCUGACUGCAGAGAGAGAGAGGAGGAGACAAGAGAGGGAGGAACGACUGCAGAAAAUCGAGAGGGAGGAGAGGACCCGCUUCAAUCGGGAUUACAUGGACAAGAGGGAAGAGACAAGACAGGCCAGAGAAGAGAGAUAUAAGUGUGUUGAGAGGCUCGCAGCAGAGGAGUAUGAGAAAGAGAGAGAGCGCACGAGAGCGCCACCCAGGGGGCGCACAGAGAUCACACUGAGCCUGAGCCCCACCCCCUGCAGUCGCUCCGCCUCCCCCCGCUGUGCCACGCCCUCCUCCAUUGCCUCUCCUGAAGACGCUGGCACCAUUCCAUCCCAGACAUCCCAGACGCAGGGAAGUGAAGUAGACGUAGAGCCAAGCCGUGACCUUCAGACUAGAACUACAAGUCCAGCGCCAGAGUUAAUAGUAUCAGGACCUUCUCCAGAACCCACAGAGCCCCCCUCGCAAACCCCCUCCCAAACUCCCCCGGCGCCAGCCGAGGAGCAGGCAGAGACAGAGACGCAGACAGAGAAGCAGGAAGUAGCUGAAGUUGAGUCCAAGCAGGAAGUACUAGAGCUAGUGGAGUUAGCGGUAGAUGAACAGACACAGGAUAAAGAGCAAGAAGAAAGUGAGGAGGAGGAGGAGGGUAAGGAGGAAGAGAGACAGUCAGGGAAUGAGGUAGAGGGAGAAGAGAAGGUCGAAGAGGAGGUAGAGGUAGAGAUAGAAGAUGUAGAAGUGGUAGAGAUAGAGGUGGAGGAGGGAGAGAGGGGGCAGGCUGCGUCGGAGGAGAGGGAGGUGGAGGAGAGGCUGGUCCUCCUCAGUGAGAAGGAGAGGCAGAACGAGGAAGUGAAUGAGAAGGACAACUGUUCUGCCUCCAGUAUCUCCUCAGCCAGUAGCACUCUGGAGAGAGAGGAGAGGGAGGAGAAAGUCAACAGCAACCUUGAACCAGGCCAGUGCAUUAAGGAGGAAGAUGUGAACAGGCAGUGCAGCAAGAUCCUCAACAGCAAGCGCUUCAUGCUGGACAUGCUCUAUGCCCAGAACAAGACCGCUGCCGACGAGGACGAAGAGAAGGCGGGAGAGACGGAACAGACGGAGAACUGCAAAGAGGGGAUGGAGACGUCAUCGUUAGAGGGUCAGGACGGGUCGUCGGUGGCCAGCUUAGCCAGUCGUAUCUCUACACUGGAGGCCAGCAGGCAGGCCUGCGAGGAGAACGUCAAGAAGAUGGAGGUGCAACACCUGGAGAACCAGGGGAGCGUCAGGGCCGUGGCCGAGAAAUUUGGAGACCUUGUUAAAAGCCUUGUGUCGCCUCACGAGCUGGAGGCAUUGGAGAAGCAGCAGCAGGGGCAGCUUCCACCUGAUAAAGACAAAGCUCCUCCGGCCCCGUCCUCCUCUCCCGUACCUCCUAAGAAGGAGUCAGAUUAUAUCUGGGACCAGCUGAUGGCAGCCCCCAGGGAGCUGCGGAUUAAAGAGAUGGACUUUACAGACCUGGCAGACGAGGAUGAUCUGGACAUCUUAGACGUGGACAGUGUGCUGAUGGGCUCCAGUGACCUGAUGAUCCCUCCCCCUCCUCCCUGUCUCUCCACCCUGCCCCCUCCCCCUCCCCUGGGCCUGUUCGGCUGCCCCCCGCCCCCUCCUGUCCCUGGCAUGAUGCCCCCUCCCCCGCCCUUCAUGCCCCCCGGACCCGCCCAGCCCUACCCGGGGUCCCCCCAGCUGAGCCGAGGGACAGGGGAGCCCCCUCUGUUCCAAAAGAAGAAGAAGACUAUCCGUCUCUUCUGGAACGAGGUAAGGCCCAUGGACGGCCAGUACAGGAACCACAAGCGUUGUAGAGAGUCUCUCUGGUCCAAACUGGAGCCGGUCAAAGUGGACACGUCCAAGCUGGAACACCUGUUUGAAACCAAGUCCAAGGAGCUGCCUGUUACCAAGAAAACAGCAGUGGAUGGGAAACGACAAGAGAUUAUUGUCCUGGACUCCAAACGGAGCAAUGCCAUCAACAUCGGGCUGACCGUCCUCCCCCCUCCCCGCACCAUCAAGACAGCCAUCCUCAACUUCGACGAGUACGCUUUGAACAAGGAGGGGAUCGAGAAAAUCCUGACGAUGAUCCCGACGGAGGAGGAGAAGCAGAGAAUCCAGGAUGCUCAGCUUGUGAACCCUGACGUCCCCCUGGGAUCAGCAGAGCAGUUCCUCCUCACCCUGUCCUCCAUCACGGAGCUGUCCGCCCGGCUGCAGCUCUGGGCCUUCAAGAUGGACUACGAGGUCACGGAGAAGGAAGUGGCAGAGCCUCUGCAGGACCUUAAGGAAGGGAUGGACCAACUGGAGAAGAACAAGACGCUGCGUUACAUCCUGUCCACGCUGCUGGCUAUAGGCAACUUCCUUAACGGAUCCAACGCGAAGGGCUUUGAGCUGGGUUACCUGGAGAAGGUUCCGGAGGUAAAGGACACGGUUCAUAAGCAGUCUCUACUGCACCAUGCCUGUUCCAUUGUGGUGGAGAAGUUUCCAGACAGCUCAGACCUGUACUCUGAGAUAGGAGCCAUCACCCGCUCGGCUAAGGUGGACUUCGACCAGCUCCAAGACAACCUGAGCCAGAUGGAGCGACGCUGCAAAGCAUCGUGGGACCACCUCAAGGUCAUCGCCAAGCACGAGAUGAAGCCUGCGCUCAAACAGAAGAUGUCUGACUUCCUAAAGGACUGUGCAGAGAGAAUCAUCAUCUUGAAGAUAGUGCAUCGGAGAAUUAUCAACCGGUUCCAUGCCUUCCUGUUGUUCCUGGGCCAUCCAGCGUACGCUGUGCGGGAGGUCAGCAUCCACCGCUUCAGUAAGAUCCUCAGUGAGUUUGCCCUGGAGUACCGGACCACACGGGAACGCGUCCUGCAACAGAAACAGAAGAGGGCCAACCACAGAGAGAGGAACAAGACCAGAGGAAAGAUGAUCACAGAUAGUGAGGAUGAAGAGGAUGGUGAGGAUGGAAAGUUUGGCGGUAGCGCCCCGGGGCCUGUAAGCCAGGAGGGCGUGCUGACGCAGGGUCUGCAGUACGCAGAGGAUGCAGCGGAGCAUGAGAACAUGAAGGCAGUGCUGAAGAGCAGCUUGCAGGGCUGCAGUGACAGUGGAGCGUCCACCGUGCCAGGCCUACGUACACGCACCAGAGCCAGCAGGCCAGGCCGUGUGGGUCCUUGGGGCUCAUCAGUGAUUGAAGACCCACCUAAUUGCACAGAGACAGACGCUGCAGAUGAGAUCAUGGAGCGCAUCGUCAGGUCAGCCACUCAGGGGCCCAGGACACGGACAGAGCCUCGCGAGAGGAAGAGGUCCAGAGCCAACCGCAAGUCACUGAGAAGAACACUGAAAAGCGGUCUGACACCAGAGGAGGCCAAUGCCUUGGGGUUGUCCAGUGGUUCAGAGAUGGCUGUGUGACAGGAAGAGAAGUGGAGCUGGAUCCGGCAGCACAGCACACACAGACACCUGGGAAACCCUCUUACCGCCCGCCCCGCCCUUCACUGACCCCUGACCUCAAACCCCUGCUCAUCCAGCCAGCCAGUCAACCGCUGCACCAUAGCUUCGCUUGGUCUUUCCCCUGGUUCAACUUUAUGAUGACUGUAGCUCACCUUCCUGUCUGUGGUUUGUGCAGGUAGCUGGUAAACAAUGUUCAGGAAGAGACCAUGAGGAAUAUGGUCCUCAUCCAGGAUAAUAGAUGGUUUUCAGUGGAACAAAGUGGUAUUGGUAUAGGGGCAGUUAAAGGGGUUCAGUGAUCCAGCUGACUCAGCUCCAUACAUACACACUCAGGUAAAGUUCAGCAUCCAAACCACUACACUAUGCUGCUGUGCCGACUUGAGUGUUUCUUAAUGGUGUUGUUCCAAUCAGUUGUUUCUCCUAACCUUUGAAUAUGAGGCUGAGGCCUUUGAGGAACAGCUCACAUCCCAACUGUAAGUCUUAAUCACUUGAUGAAGCCCACAGUGACCACAUGACUAGUGGUGAAUCUCAGUUGUAUUUCCUUGAUUCCUUGUGUCUUCUAUCCUCACCUGUCUACACAAGGCUUUGGAGGACUAGAUCUGAGGUUCGUCCUCCCUAACCUUUCCCUCAAUUGAGAUUCACCCUAUGACUGAAAGAUACAAACUGAGACUUACCUACACAGAAGACAUUUAGCCUCAGGACUUCUAAAGGGAGGGACAUGCGAGUGCUUGAAUCACUGUGGACUUGUGUCUGAACCAAAAAGGCCUCGGAGUUGAAUAGUAAAGAAGUUAGCAUUGACGCUAAAGAAGUUAGCAUUGAUGCUAAAUAAGUUAGCAUUGAUGCUAAAUAAGUUAGCAUUGAUGUUAAAGAAGUUAACAUUGAUGCUAAAUAAGUUAGCAUUGAUGUUAAAGAAGUUAGCAUUGAUGUUAAAGACGUCAGCAUUGAUGUUAUCUAUCCCCACUUAUGAUGAGCAUGUGCGUUGGGCUUGGUGUCAGAUAGUAUUUUUAGUUUGAACAAUUUUUGUUUAUAUAAAAAAAAAUGUCUGUGUCCACAGGCUGUUUUGUUCUACUAUACUACUGUGGUAGUUUUGUGGGUUUUAAAAUACUUUAAUGCGUGAGAAAAAGGUGCUCAGAGAAGGAAUAUUUGCACUGGAUGUAGAAGUUGGAUAUUUAGAGGAAAGGAAGGGGAAAUCCUUGACACACACUGAUGUACCAAUCAGAUAUCAGAUGAAUGAAAAAAUCCCCCAGACAGAACCAAUAAUGAAACAGUAGCACAACUGAUUAUACACUCUAAUUUCAGAGGAAAAGUGAACAGAUUACUUUGACUUUUGCAAACUAAAAUGUUUCCAAUUUUGCAUGUUGUUGAUUCAGUUGGAUUUUAUACAGAUGGAACAAACUGGAAUUCCAAGAGGACACACCAUGAUGUGUUAAGAGGGAAGGUAUCAUUUACUACAUACAAUUGAAUUACUGGUUUCCACUUAUAAAAAACACAUAGCAUAUCAGAGUCGUCAACUUUGGUGAGAACAGUCUGUGAGCUGACAAGUGUACAGAAGGGACGAUGCUACUGGGUCCAGACAGACUGACGUCUGUCAAUCACGCGUAGCGAAUGUUACAGCUUUAACCUAUAGGCCUGCCUACAACAUACAUGUUCCAGCUUUAGCCUAUAGGCCUGCCUAGUACCUACAAUUACACACGUGUUGCAUGCAUGACACCAGUGUUACGCAAGCUCCUGCUGUUGUUCGCUGCAAAGCCUUCUUCUAUGGUUGAGACAUACUUAUUGUGGAGUGUUAGAACUGACAGGGAGAUAUAUUUACACUAGUUACAUGUACGUACUCUCUCUUUACUCUCUGUGUCAAAGAGUUAGGCAACAUUUAAGAAUUGUUUAAAAAAGUACAAGAUUAAUAAUUGGUUAUUAUAGAAAAACGAUAUGAGCUUCAACUGAAUGAGUGCCUUUUAUAGACAAGUCUAUUUAUUCAGUAAUGUUCAGGGAGAUAUUUGUUACAGAAAAUGUUACUGUGUGUAAUGAAAGGACUUCCUCCUUAGGUCAAUUCAACAGCUGUGACUUCCUGAUUUCAUUCUUUCCUUGAUUAAUACAUUUCAGUACUAUGUUCCAUGGCUUUAUGUCUUGGAAACAGUUCUCCUCUUCCAUUUGCGCAUUGCAGUUUUAUUUCGAAUCACAACUAAACGAGGGUUAUAGCUAAUUGUCUAAUGACAAUAUUUCCAUUUUAGCAGUUUUGUCACAAAAAAUGUUCUAUAAAAAGAUAUUAGUUGUUUCCAUUUGCCUUAAUGUAGAAUUAGAGCAUAUAGUAUAUCUGAACGUUCCUACACUGUUGACUUUUAUUGAGGUGUAGUGGUUACAGUCAGCUCGAUAGCUCGUUUUUUAAAGUGCAUAAUUCCAGUUUACAUUUGGAAUUGUGUAGAGAGUUGUAUGAUGAUUCUACACAGUCACAAACAUUCACUGUGAUGGAAACAGCCAUUGUCGACUAAACAUGAAAGAAUAUAUGCUUGCAGCAACACAAGCCACAACAAAACAGUCACACACCUACAAGUAUAUGUCUUUCUCAUGGAGAACUUACAAUUUGGUAUGAAACUAUCCAGCACCUUAUACACCAUUUGUAGCAUGCGUCUUUCAUUGAGGAAAACCAGAACAUUAACAGUGAGAAAGUAUAUUCUUUCAGCCUUUUUCUCAGAUGGUCAUUUUGAGUAUUGUAACUCUGAGUACAUGUAAAGUAAUAAUGAGGGAAGAAUGCUGUAAAAUGAUGUAAAUGUCACAACAAUGUGUUUUAUGUCUUUCACUUGUUGGUAUUUUGUAUAGAAUAGUGUAUUAUAGGUUAAACAAAGCAGUGUUAUUCUAUGGAAAUUGUAAUUUAAGUGAAAACCAAACCAUGCAUGGUUUAAAAAAUGUCUACAGAUGUGGUGUGUCACGUUCUGCUAUGGAUAAAGGGAGAUUCAUUUGAUUUGAAUGUUCAGAGGCUUAGCAUUUGUUAUGUUUUAUUGUUUUUCCUCUGCACAUGACUUGAAACACAUUAGGAUAGACGGAGUGGUCCAUGUAACCACCUAGGACUGGAUUCAAUCUGUAUCGCUGAAGUUCAGCGUUUUAGACUGAUUGAAAAUGUUCCUGCAUUAGCAUAGACUGCAUUCAUGGUCAACACUGCAUAUGUCGGCUCCAUCUGAAAUGAUCUGUAACGCUUCAGCCCCUAGUACUCCUAUGGAACCUUCAGCAGCCUUUCAUUACAUUGCACUCAAUAAAACAUGGAGUGUGUCCCAAAUGGCACCCUAUUCCCUAUAGAGUGCACAACUUCUUCUUAUUCUUUUUUACCAGGACCCAUAGAGUCCAAAAGUAGUGCACUGUGUAGGGAAUAGGGUGCCAUUUGGGAUGCAACCCAUGUUUUCUGUGAUUGGCUAUAUUAUCUCCUUCUCCCCCACUGCUGUACUGUAAGUCAGUGUGGGACUUGGACACAAGCACAUCCAGACUCGGUGAGCUUUUCUUGCGUCUUCGCCCCUCUAACAACAACUGUAUGUAUGAACAUCUGGCAAUAAAAGAUCUCUUAAGAAACA